GAGACUCCUGGACCGCCUCUGGUAUUUAAUCACCACACCCAUCUCACACUUCAUAGCUGGGAUUGUUCUGCACAGCAUCUGAGAUCUGUUGAUCACUGAAGAAAUCCAGGAUGGCUUUGGUUUCUGAGUUCUUAGGGCAGCUCACUCUCCAACUGGGUGGUGGGGACCCCACGUACCCUACUGUGGUGCCAGCACCUAACUUUGAUCCAGAUAAGGAUGCUGCCAGAAUUGAGACCGCUAUCAAAACUAAAGGUGUGGACGAGCAAACCAUAAUUGAUGUUCUCACUAAACGGACAUAUAACCAAAGGCGAGAAAUCGCCUUUGCAUAUGAAAGGAGGGCCAAGAAGGAUAUGAUCUCAGCCCUGAAGGGGGCGCUGUCUGGCUCUCUGGAAACUGUCAUCCUGGGCCUCAUGAAGAGCACAGCCCAGUAUGAUGCCUCUGAAAUCAAAGGCUCCAUCAAGGGUCUUGGAACAGAUGAAGAGUCUCUGAUUGAGAUUGUCUGCUCUCGAAGCAAUGCUGAGCUCUUGGAGAUUAAGAAAGUCUACAAGGAAUUGUUCAAGAAGGACCUGGAGAAGGAUGUGGCUGGAGAUACUUCUGGAGACUUUGCUAAACUCCUGCUGGCUCUGGUUGAGACCAAGAGAGAUGAGCCCAGCUCCGUCGUUGACUACCAGAAAAUCGAUGAAGAUGCCAGAGCCCUGUAUGAGGCAGGAGUCAAACGGAAAGGCACUGAUGUAAAGUGCUGGAUCUCCAUCAUGUCUGAGAGAAGCGUUCCUCACCUCCAGAAAGUGUUUGACAGAUACAAGAGCUACAGCCCCUAUGACAUGCAGGAGAGCAUCCGCAAAGAGGUGAAAGGAGAUCUGGAGAAGUCCUUCCUUACCUUGGUUCAGUGCUUUGAAAACAAACAGCUGUAUUUCGCCAACAGACUUCAAGACGCCAUGAAGAGCAAAGGAGCGAAGGAAAAGGUGCUGACCCGGAUCAUGGUGUCCAGGUGCGAGGUGGACCUCAAAAAGAUCAGACAAGAGUUCAAGGCCCACAACGGAAAGUCUCUGUACCAGACCAUUGCUGAGCACACAAAGGGAGACUACCAGAAGGCCCUGCUGAGCCUGUGCGGUGGAGACGAUUAAAUCAACCAUACCAACAGAGUCUGAGAAGGACUGCGAGAAGGACUCAAGCUCUGCGCAGGUUCAGACAUAGAUCUCCUGUGCCUGGCCUUGAAUAUAGUCCCUACCCUGCUGCAGCUUUAGAGACAGGCAUCUAAUAAACAUACACUCGCUUAGACUGGAAUUAACCAUGUGUUUUCCAUUAAGAAGGAUUGCAACAUGAACUACACUCUUAAAAAUAAAGGUUUUUGGUUCCCCAAAGAACCUUUCAGUGAACAGUUCUUAAAAGAACCAUUAUUUUUCUUUUUCCACUAGGAAGAACGUUUUGUGGAAUGGAAAGGAUCCAGGGAUAAUAAGCUUCUUCAAGGAACCAUUAAGGCCAAUAAAGAACCUAUAUUUUUAAGAGUGUAUGGAAGAUCUAAAUGUGCCAUUUAGCCACUGUAAACUGAAUCAGCAAUAAAGUGGACUGAUAUUAGCGCACUUUUCUGAACAGACAGAUGUACCCCUUUUUUCUAUUCUAAGAAAUAAAACAAAACAUUAA